CAACGACUCCUUGGGGUGCUGUUUUAGACACGCAUCAUGCACUCUGUCCCUCCUCUCAUGAGGCUACUGCCGCCCUCUACUUUUCCUGUAGCCUACAUUUCAGUCUGCCUAGCGAAGGCUUGCUCACACUUGUCCUGUUAGCAGAACGCCAGCUCCAGACCUCAGCAGCCCAUAGGCACUAGCUCACUCGGCGCGUCUCCUUGCGCAUGGUUGGAGUUGCCAAGAGGGUCUGUGGGUAAAGGUUGUGGGAAGCUUCUUUUUUUUUUUUUUACUGAAAUUUAUUCUGCGGCUGAUAUUCAGAAGAAACUUUACAAGCCGCAAUAUAUAGGACCACUACUUCAAAAGCAACGGAUCUUUUUCACAGAGGUAACGGAGAGCUCAGAGCUGGAAUUGAUAUUUCCCGAGACUACAUCUAACCUUCGUUUACGAAGUUGGACAAUAGCAACAUGAAUUUGACAAUUUAGCUACACUUCUCGGAUACUCUCACUUUUCUUUAUAAAGGGACAGCUGCGAAUUCAUACGUUUGAACGUUUGUCAAACUUCUCUAUCAUUAAGCCGGAUUUCCAUGAAAAUGGCAUUGAAGAACGCACUAGUGGUGUCUACACAGAUGCUUUUUUGGCUUUUGGUUGUGUGCCACUGUGUUCCAGUGCUGGCGUGUGGUAACAACUAUGAGUUCGCCAUUGAGGAGUUCUGCCUGGCCAAGUUCCAGCUGGACAUGGAGGCUCUGGACCAGCACCACUGGUGCAGCUGGGAGGACACCAUCGAGUCAUAUGGAGAACUGACUAACUGCACCUACCUGGUGGCCCUGAAAAUGGACUGCUUCUGGCCUAACCGCUUGGUGGAUGAGUUCUUCAUUCGCAUCCACAAGCACUACUUCUAUGACUGCUCUCUGUCUGGUCGACAGCUCCGCGACCCACCCAACCGCAUCCUGGGACCUUUCAUCGUGGUGCCCAUCCUGGUCACGCUGCUCAUGACUGCCCUAGUGGUGUGGAGGAGCAAGCGCAGCGAGGGCAUUGUCUAGCUGGGCCAGAGACAGCAGCUAGGGACCUGCAGGCACUGCUCUAGGAUCAGUUUAGCUCACAUUGAUUCCAGGCGGACACUAAACUGACCCUAAAUGGCACCUAGGAGGCCCUCUGACAGGUUCAAAUACACAAACACUACAGCCAGGAGACAGAGUUGCGGUAUGCUCCAGCACUGGUGGACCAAACACAAAGACAGGAGGGGGAAAUAGUGAUCUGAUGAGGAGAACUCAGUGAUGACUACAGGAGACUGGAACACAGUGCUGAGUACACUCUGCCCGCAGCCAUUACCUCUUCAUCAGACCUAGGGUUAUAAAGGUAAUUCUGUUGGAAGUAUGGAAGCAAAUGUGGCAAGGAGUUGCUAAUGUAAAAUAAUCGACAGGUGCAAUCCUUUCGGGGAUUUCACAUUCCCUGUGUGGACCGUUGGCGCGGCUCCUUUAACAGGCAUCACUAGCAACAGAAAUAAAGGUCUGCCCCCCAUCAUGCUUUUUAUGUCAGCUCACUCCUGCUCUCUUACUCUACUACAAUGUUUUGGCAUUUUUCCCUUUGUGCCAAAAACUGUCCGAGUUCAAAGAAUUGCUUGAAAAUAAAAGCCCUGUUUGGUCAUGAAUGGAAAUGGUGUAAAUAAUGGAAAUUGCCUUGCUCAACAACUGUUUAAAUCUGAAGUACUUGACACUUUGCAAAUAAUGAAAUUGAGAGACUUUGACAUUUCUAUUAAGUGUGUAAAGUACAACAUGGAUCAAAAAACAAUAAAUUAUAUUACCUUGUA